CAUUUUACGUGGAGUACGAUACAAAUUACUGUCCACCUGGUCAUUUCGAAAUUGUCCGGGUAUAUUUCAAACCUCGGAAAACGUGCUAUAUAGAGACGAGGUUAAAGAUUAUCGUGAAAAUGAGCCCUGAAACGCAGAUAGUCGCUAUAACUGGUCGUGGAAUCGAAAAAAGAUUGAACAUAAUCGAACCGACUAUUCAAUUUCUGCCCGCUAUUCCGUAUACGAAUAUUCAAGAAGUAGUUUUUACGAUCGAGAAUACUUGCAAUUAUCCUGUGGAGUUCUUCUGGCAUCAUUUGGACGAUGUUUUCCAGAUGGAGGAUCAUAUAACGAAAGCUCUGUUGUAUUACUACAAAGCGAAGGAAAUACUGCUGCCACCCAGAAAGCCUGGCGAAUCGAUACCCUGGCAAUUAACGAAAUUUUACAGAGACAUAAUCAACGAGAUGGCCCAGGCGUUAAUUAUGGAGAAGUUAAACGAAGAAGAACUAUUCGAGGGAGAAGUUCAGCUUGAGAGAAGGAGUCACGAAGGAGACACGGGGAAGAAGAGAGAGAGGAUGACCAGGUCGAGCGUAUUGAAGAGGAAAACGAGGAAACGCGGAAGAUCUAUUCAGCAAUCUACGACGAGGAAAAGCAGCGUUCGUGAAUCUAGUCGUCGCGGGAAAAGAAACGAAGUUGUCAGUGACUUGUCUAGCACGGAUUCGGGAAGAAAAGACUGUUCGGAUUUUUCAAUUUUGAACGAAACUCUACUGGAAUCCAUUCCUCUACCCACGAGCGAUCCCGAAGAAAUCCAACACAUGCUUUUUUGUUACAUAGACAGCCUUUAUAAGAGUUCAGAUUUCCAAAGUAGAAUGAAAGACCCGGUGAAGGAACUUUUCGAGAAUAUCCAGCGAAAAUCCGACGUGUCGAACAAUCUUCCGGAUCCCUCCAAGCCUCAGAAAAGAGUCUGCAUUAUUUUCCAUGGAGCUCCUUUCACCGAGUAUCAAGAGGUUGCGUGCCGGAGCGCCAGAGUCUUAGAAAUUCCAGUUCUUAGCAUCGAUAAGACGAUCACGGAAGUUACUGCGCUUUCCGGAAGUCCGUGCUCGAUUCAACUUCGACAGAUCAUCGACGAUGUUUAUGAGACUUACUCGGAGGCUUUUGCGGAACAGAAACAGCGUUUGAUCAGUCAGGACGCUCGUGAAAGCAACGAGGUCGGAUCAGAAUCAACUAGAAGAACAGGAACUUCGAGUAAAAGGAGAAGUUCGCCGAAGGAAAAAUCGUCCAGAACAGGAGGAUCGCCUAAAACCCCGAAGAAAUUGAAAACGUCGAAAUCUGCUAAAAUUCAAAGUUCAGACGCGCAGAGAGAAGCAAUCCUUCGACUUCAUGCAGAUCCUGAUCCGCUGGUAGAGCUGGAUAAAAUUCCAACCAACGAGAAACUGGAAAUGUUGGAUGCUUUGAGUAGAUACGAAUAUAAGAUACAAACCAUUUUGUUACUGCAGAAAAUAGUUGAUAUCCAUGACUCGCCCAGAGACAGAGGUGACAGAAGUCUAAGGAAAAGGAAGGAUUCGUUUCUUGGGAUUACUCCCGAAUUAAUAGCUGAAGCUCUUGAAGAAAGAUUAUCCAUGGAGGAUUUCAAGCGAGGUUUCGUUGUACAGAGCUUGGAGUGCAAUUUCCUGCGAAAUAACACGCUCGAAGCUUUGCUUUCCUUGUUACGAAUCGUCGGCAAUGUCGAGUAUCUUCUAUUCGUUACUUUUCUUAAUUCGAUGGCUUGCUACGACACAAGGGUGGAGCAACUUCAAAAGGAGAUAGGUAAAAUUAAAAGGCAAAGUAGAAAACCGAGCUUUUCAUCUUUGCAGCGAUGA